AUGAAAAACUAUCAUUUUAUCACAACACCUCAACCCAGAAUGGCUGAAGGAACAGAAGCAGUACAAUCAGUUCUCUACUACACAGAAGCGGAAGCAUUUGUUGAAUCACUCCGCACAUUCCACAUCAAAGACAUUGGAACGGACAAAUGGGAAACACAGAGAGAAAACAUAGAGAAACUGAAUAUUCAGGCGGUGGUGGACGCUACUAACAAUGUGGAAGAAUCUAUCAAAGAACUGUUGAUAACCCACGAGAAAAUACCCACUAUAAUACACGAACUCAUAGCGCUGGAUCUCUGGAAACGAAACAUUCUCCCUAAAAUCCUAGAAAUGGAUUUUAACGCAGAGACCUCCUUCCCUGCAUACGUAGUCAUGUUCUACGAGGCUAUCCUGAUAGGGCUGCUAGAAGUACUUCUCUUUCACAGCGAGUGUUGUGAAGCAGCCGGGGACUCACUACACGAUCUGUUGCAAUACUGCCAACAUAAGUUAGUGUGGUUGGUGGCUGGGGAGGAGGACUGGCAUACCAUCUCCACAGAGACCACUAGUGUUGAGGAUGCCAAGGAGGAGCUUAUCAAGAGACACAAGAAAAUAUCGUUUGAUGUGGCACUGAAAUGUAUUGCAGUGGUGAGGUAUGUUGGAGAGCAUUCCAAGGAUGUUUCGUUAGGUAUCACCACACGUGUUCUGAACACGUACGAUUUCCCCGCAAUAUUUGCUGGGCUGAUUGAUAACCCCCCGUGGUUAGUCCGGGAAGACAAGGGACAGUGGUUGAAGUAUGAUAACAGUAAGUGGAAUAAAACCUCACAUGAUGAUGUUAAGAAACUCAGCAAACUUGAAGGUCAGCUCUGGAUUGGAAUGUUACAGUUCUUAAUGUCAGAGAAUUGUCAGAGGAACUAUCAGCUCAACUCUUCCAAUCAAGCCAGUAUUCUGAAGUUGCGUGCGCACUUUCACCCUCAAGUAUUGAACCAGCUGCCAGCGCUCGUUGACUUGCAGCGCUACUUGGAGGAGUUGUCCCUCAUGUCCACUCCUACAUCGCGCCCACCUCUCAUUCUAGAACAAGUUCCCGAAUUUUAUACAGCACUUGAGAAUAAAUGUAACGGCAAGUGGCACGACCUUGCUGUCAAACAUUACAAAGCUAUAUUCUGCAUGUCAAAGGAGCGAAUGAAGAAGCAAGCUGACAAGUUUGCUGCCACAUAUGACAUGGAUGUAAUGUCUGACCUGAUAGCUGAACCUCCUAAGUGUGAGAACUGCGGAGAAGGUGCAGCUAAAAGAUGCUCAUCAUGCCAAACUUCCUGGUAUUGUGGAAGGGAAUGCCAGGUGAAACACUGGUCCAAACAUAAGGAAAAUUGUAAGCUUAUUGCUAAAACUAUGAAGCAUGCUAAGGACCUAAAGGCUGCUAAUAAUCAGGGCGGUUCAUGAACAGAUUUGCAUUUAGGGCCAUUUUCAUCAUUCUUUACAAACUGUUCAUUGUACAGUCGUCAGAUAUUUGAGCAUUCUUCGAAUUUCUAGGUCGAUGUACAGAAUUUUUAAUUUUUCAGUGUAAAUAACCACCAUUUCUACCAAUUUUUACACUUCACAGUUCAUAGUUGCAGAAAGUAGUAUAUUUAUUUUCAGAGCUUAUUAAUAUUAUAUAUAUUGUUGUACGGUAAAUCUAAACUUUAUUUAUAAUGUAUAAAUAAUGUAUAAAUUCAAGUUGUUAAUCAUAA